UUAAAAUUUAGAUCUGAUUUUCCUCAAAGUUGUUGGUGAUUGGAAUCAAGGUUUUGGUCUGAGACCAUUUGUAGUUGAGAUGAAGUGGUAGAACGCUAUUGAUGUGUUGUACACUCACCGUUUUGCUAUCACAUAAUAUCUCCAACUCUCUCCCCUUUGGUACUGGUUUUAGGGCAUCUAUCUCCUGCAAAUGAGCAAUGGGAUGAACCUCAUGGAUCCAGGGUUCCAGCAGAAACUGGAGGAUGAGAAGGAAGUAAUUCGUCGAGCUAUCCAGAAGGAACUGAAGAUCAAAGAGGGGGCGGAAAAUCUGCGCAAGGUGACAACAGACAAAAAAAAUCUGGUGCAUGUAGAGCAUGUGCUGAAAUCUUCCAAUCGGAAACUGGAGCAGCUGCACUGGGAUCUCCAGGAGCUUAAUGCCCGGAUUGUAGUAACAGAGAAAGGGGAGAGCAAAACAGAUGGUUCCAUGUCCCCGGACCCUUGUCUCUGGGAAAGGAACCCAAACCCAGUGGCAAGGAGGAUAGAGGCUCUGAAAAAGCAGCUGCACAUUGAGAUGAAAGUGAAACAGGGAGCUGAGAACAUGAUCCAGAUGUAUUCAAAUGCAACGUCAAAGGACCGGAAGCUGCUGGCAACAGCUCAGCAAAUGCUCCAGGACAGCAAGACGAAGAUUGAGCUGAUUCGGAUGCAGAUUGUGAAAGUAUCUCAGUUGGCAGGUGGAAUAGAGGAUGCAAUGGAUCCAGCAGUGAAGAUGGGGGCCACCAUCAGUCUCCUGGAGCUACGCAUCGAGGAACUGCGACAUCACCUAUGCAUUGAAGCUGCCGUGGCUGAAGGGGCAAAAAAUGUGGUGAAGAUCCUGGGAGGCAGGCGGGUGCAGGAUCGCAAAGUGUUGGCUGAAGCUCAGGGUCGUUUGCAAGAAUCAUCUCAGAAGAUUGAUUUGCUGCGCUUGUCCCUGGAGCAGCAGCUUAACGAGCUUUCUUCUGAUCACCCAAAGCGGGCACUCAUCAAGCAGGAGCUAGUGAAUGCUUCCUCUCUGGGAGCUCAGCAUGUCAGCGUCCAGCCCUUCACUUCACUGAUCAAACCCACAGCUCUUACAGGUUCAUUAGAAGUGAGACUGAUGGGGUGUCAGGAUCUGUUGGAAAAAGUUCCAGGACGUUCCCGAGUGUUUGGUUCAUCUCCCAAUCAUGGGAGCCCAAGUGACAUGAAAUCCCUGACCCGAGCACGAGCUGGGAUGAGUAUUCAUGGCCGCAGUACUGCAGCAAAGCACUUGCGGAAUGAGGAGCUGUGUAAUGAGGUGCUCGCUGUGCUCAAAGUGGACAAUAAAGUGGUUGGUCAGACAAACUGGGGCCCAGUUAAUAACCAGGCUUGGGAUCAAAGCUUUGUCAUUGAGCUGGAUCGGUCCCGGGAGCUGGAGAUUGCAGUUUAUUGGCGUGACUGGAGAGAGCUGUGUGCAGUGAAGUUCUUGCGCUUGGAUGACUUUCUUGAUAAUGAACGCCAUGGGAUGUGCCUCUCUCUUGAACCCCAAGGGAUGCUUUUUGCAGAGGUGACCUUCUGUAACCCUGUGAUUGAGAGACGGUCUAAUCUGCAGCGCCAGAAACGUAUUUUCCCCAAACAGAAAGGAAAGGAGUUUCUCCGAGCUUCUCAGAUGAACAUAAACAUUGCUACCUGGGGUCGUCUAAUGAUGAGCAUCCUCCCUCCAUGUAGUUCCAUGAGCACGCUAAGCCCCCCACUUCGUACUUCCAUUCAUACAGACUUUACCUCUCCAGCACGGCUGCAAACUCAAACUGAUUCAAUGGGCAGUGACUAUCCAGUGGUUAAACUGACAUUUGGUGAGGAACCUCCCCCUAAGCCUCCACGCCUUUUUUUGACAGCAGAUUCCAAAGAGGUUGCUCCAUCUCCUGCAGACUCUCCGUGUCUGAAGAGGCUACAUGUGGAAGAGAGGACUUGCAGCUCUGCUGUAACAGAAACACCAAAUUGGGCUUCUCAGAGGAAGAGGACUGUUCAGCUUCAGGAUUUUCACUGCAUCGCAAUGCUGGGACGAGGGCACUUUGGGAAGGUGCUGCUAGGUCAAUACAAGGCAACAGGGAAGUUGUACGCUAUCAAAGCCCUAAAGAAACAAGACAUCAUUAGCAGAGAUGAGAUUGAUAGCUUGAACUGUGAGAAGCGAAUCUUUGAAGUGAUCAACUCCUUCAGCCACCCGUUCCUGGUGAAUAUGUUUGCAUGUUUCCAGACGCCAGAUCAUGCAUGUUUUGUGAUGGAAUACACCCCUGGUGGUGAUCUCAUGAUGCACAUUCACUCUGAUGUCUUUCCAGAACAUGUGACGCAGUUUUACACAGCCUGCGUAGUGCUUGGACUCCAGUUCUUACAUGAGAAGAAAAUUAUUUACAGGGACCUGAAGUUGGAUAACUUGCUCUUAGAUGCUGAGGGCUUUGUGAAGAUUGCAGAUUUUGGGCUGUGUAAGGAAGGGAUGGGUUUUGGGGACCGCACUAACACUUUUUGUGGCACCCCUGAAUUUCUGGCUCCGGAAGUCCUGACAGACACCUCAUACACGCGGGUAGUGGACUGGUGGGGGCUUGGUGUGCUCAUUUUCGAGAUGCUUGUUGGUGAGUCUCCAUUCCCUGGAGAUAAUGAAGAGGAGGUCUUUGACAGCAUUGUCAAUGAAGAGGUCCGCUAUCCGCGAUUCCUUUCUUCUGAGGCACUUCCCAUACUCCGCAAGCUUCUCCAGAAAUGUCCAGAACGUCGUCUUGGAGCAGGAGAGAGGGACGCAGAGGAGAUUAAAAACCAGCCCUUUUUCAAGGAGAUUGACUGGGAUGCCCUGUUUUCCAGAGCACUGAAGCCCCCUUUUGUGCCUUUCUUAAGAGCUCCCACUGACAUUAGCAACUUUGACAAAGAGUUUACCUCCCAGAAGCCAAUCCUGACUCCUCCAGAUGAGCUCCCUGUCCUGACCCCUGAGGAACAGGCUGCCUUUAAGGACUUUGACUUUGUCUCCAGACACUUUCUGGAAGUCUGAUUGCUGUGGUGUAAGGAGCCCAUGCAGACCACUAUUACCCUGAGAGAUCCUAGAGAGAAACUCGCAACUGACUAUUGGAAGGUCAAAUUAAUAACAGGCAAAGAUUAUUCAUAGGUCUGGUAAUAUUAAGGAUUGUAGAAAGCAGACUGUUCUGCAAACUGGUUGCUCUACUGCAUUGUUCAGUGUGUGCAAAUGCUAAUAGGAAGAGUACUGGAUAUGAGCUUGAAGAAGGUUCAUGCUUGCUGGCUGUGUUUGAAACAGUACCUGGCUGUACGCUGAUGCCACCUUGGAUAGCUGUGGACACAUACAAUUUAAACUGGAUUUCAUUUAACAAUAUAUCCAAAUGAAAUAGAGCCUUCACCCCCUUCCCAAACAAACUCCUACCUCUGCAGCGGGGCC